CAUUGUUGUGCUGUACGUGGCGAUCCAUGCAAGCACGAAAUAUAUAAACAUAAUUUGUUAUCAAUUGUUGUCGUCCAGAAAUAAAACAAUGAACUUUAUAAUACAUUUGGUAUAAAAUGUAAUUAUAUAGUAAAUCGAUAAUAAAAUUCGGUGGAAGUGAAUCCUGAAUCUGAUUUACUUAAAUGCGAUUUUUAAAUGUAUAUAUGUAUGACAUAAGCACACCUUGACAAUAUUUUAAUUUGACGUCCGUCAAAUCUGUGACAGAAAAAUUAGAAUACUGUUUUAUAUUUUACUAUAGAAUUUAAACUAAUAACUACUUGGUUCUUUCCUAAUUAUUGUAAAAAAAUGGCCACAUCUACUUUAAGACAAGAAAUACUGGAAAGGAAAAAAGUAAAGAAGAAAAUGAGUAAUUAUAUUUUGGUUUAAGCAAGGCACAGAUGCAGUUAGCAAUAGUUAAAAAGAAACAAUGUGAUGCUAAAGCUCUUGCAAUUGUUGAACAACUCCUAGAACCUAAAAUAAAUUCUGAAUGGCUUUUAGAUAAUCUGAAAUAUAUUAAUAAAAGUCAUAUGGAAGAUGUAAUUGAAGAACGAGGGAUAACUAAGUUAUGUGGUUAUGUAUUAUGUAAUAGCAAAUUAACAACCAUAAUUGAUCAACAAUAUCAUAUAUCAACAAAGAAGAACAAAGUUUAUGAUGUGACUAGGCGUAAAAAUUUUUGUAGUUCACGUUGCUAUGGAGCUUGCAAUUAUCUCUUACAACAAAUGCUUACAAGCCCUCUGUGGUUAAGAGAUAAGGACGAAAUACCAGUGUUCAAAGUAUUGCCAGCCAAAGAUGAAUUAGUAAGAAGUAUACCUGGAGAUGAAAUUCAUUUUAAUGACAUAACUGUAACAUUGAAUGCUGAUAAUAAGGAGGAAUCAACAGAAGUUAAUACAAAAUGUGACAAUUUGAAUGAUGCAACUUUUGAUGCACAUUCAAAAGUUAAUGAACACAGAAAAUAUGAUACAGUAGAAGAUUCUCAGGCAGCUAGUAAACAUGUAGAACUACACAAUAGUGAAAUGCCAAAUGUAUUGGAAGAACAGUAUUCAAAAAAUUCUGAUGAAAAAUUAGGAGACAUAAAGAAUUCAUCCAUUGAUUUAAAAGAUAUAACUGAUAGUGUUAAACAACAGACAAAUGAUGAUAUUGUUAAAAAAGUUUCUUUCUCAGAUAGUAAUACUGUGCUAAAUUAUUCUGAAAUUGAAGACCUAGACAAUAUGAAUGAUAAUGUUACUAUAAAUGAAAGUCAAAAUGAAAAUACAAAAAAUGAUAGUGAACAAAGUAAUUUAACUACUACCAAGAAAAAUACAGACAUUAGUAAUAACAAUGUUCAAGAAAUAGAAAAAAAUGAACAAAACCGACAUAAACGAAAAAAUGUUAUUAAAGAGAGGCAGACAAAUGAAUUUUAUAAUCUUGCAAUGCAUAUUGAACAUAGUGUAAAAGAGUGGAUAACAGAGGAUACAAUUUCUUUAUUGUCAGGGGAAGAAGAUACUAAGAACCGAUUAUUGGAGAAUAUAAUAACACAUGACAGAUUCUUACAUUUAUGUAAAAAAUUAAAUAAAUUACAAUUAGAAGAUGAGAAAGAAGACCAGACAGAUCUAAUGAAAAGUAAUUUAAAACCUUUACCGCAUUUGUCUGCCCUUGAAGAGGAAGGAAAGAAAAUGGAAUUAAAAGUACGAGCAUUCUACAAAGGCAGUAUGAUCGUAGAAAAUCCUAAAAGUACAGAAAAUGUUAAACAGGAUAGUGACUUUGCUCCAGUAUUACCUUUGAUAGACGCACAUGCACCGAAGGCACUUCGACGUCGUAUAUUUUUAGAUAAACUUAAUAGGAUAUUACCGGAUUUAUUACGAGCUUUAGCGAGUAAUAAAUUGCCUCAGUAUAUUUACAACAGCGAAAAGAGUGCUUUAAUUAAGGCCUUAGUUAAUACUUUUUCAUUAUCUGCUACAAAUAUUAUUUUUAAAACUGCAGAAUGGACUCUUGUUGGUCUUGUAAUUAUCAAAAUGCUAAGUAUGAUAGAUCCACAACUAAAAUUUUUAUUAUCAAGUAAACAGGCAUCAAUGUAUAUCUCAAUGAUUUUGAUGUCAUAUAAGUUGGACCCAAAUUAUUUGGACAGACUAAUGAUGGAAUUGAUUAAUGACAUAAAUAUAUCGAAUGUCGAUAAUAUCACAAAUACGUGAUUAAAUUAUGUACGUUUUAUAAUCGUUUUAAGUAAAAAAUAUGUAUUUUCGAGACACAUUGGAUCUGUGUAUGUUUAUAUUUUAUGUAAAGUAAAAGAUAA